CUUUUUGAAGCUGAGAUCAGACUUGAGAGUGAGCUAACACUGCAUAUGGCCGCUGUGACACAGAUGAACUUUGGUUCAUAAAAUGACGCAUUUAACAGGAAUUCACCAGCAGACUAAAAUGAGUUUUACCAGCUAGACCGCGUCUCUUUUUCAAGGAUUAAAGAGAGAGAAAAAAAGCUCCCUCGUUGGUGGGACACGACCCAGCAUCAUGCCCGAGUCGUCGAAAAUGAAGAAGCCCGACGUCAAGGUUGUUCUCCUGGGAGACAUGAACGUGGGGAAGACGUCGCUGCUCCACAGGUACACGGAGAAGAAGUUCAAAGACACGAUCAGCACCGUCGGAGGGGCGUUUUUCCUCAAGCAGUGGGGACCUUACAAUAUCUCAAUAUGGGACACUGCUGGCCGUGAACAGUUCCAUGGAUUGGGCUCCAUGUACUGUCGAGGUGCAGCUGCUGUCAUCCUGACUUACGAUGUCACCAACUGGCAGAGCCUAGCUGAGCUGGAGGAGCGCUUCCUGUCUCUGACUGAUACCGCUAACCUUGACUGCAUUUACGCCGUAGUGGGCAACAAGGCCGAUCUCACGGACCCUAAAGCUCAGCGGCCUCAGGAGACGGAUGUGGUGUCGGAAGACCGAACUGAGUGUGAGGAGGACCAGACAGAGCCACAGGUGCCUUCUGCUUGCCCCACGCCCCCAGCCUCCCCUGCAUCCCUCUCUGGCUUGAUGCUUCACCAACAGGUUACUCACGAGGACGCAGUAGCUUUUUAUGGCAGAAUACUGCGCUACAAGGGCCUGGAUGAAAACAACAGCCUGCCUGCAGAGAAGAUGUGCUUCGAAACAAGUGCAAAGACGGGGUAUAAUGUGAAUACUCUGUUUGAGACGCUGUUUGAUCUGGUGCUGCCUUCUAUCCUGAGGAAGAGAAAUGAGAACCAGGAGUCUCCUACAGUGGACCUGGAGGAGUGCAGGGGGGCCACCGGCAAGCGAUCUAGAUCUGCCUGCUGCUAGGAUGGAGAGGUGGAGAAGCUGCCACCAGCAGAGACUUUAUUUUAACAAAGGACAAUCAACAAGUUGCUCUGAACACCAAAUGACAUACUGUGAUGGUACUACCUUUUUGCCUUGACUGAGACUCAAUAGCAUUAAUGACCUCCCAGUAACGCACACAUGCAAUUAACACAAACACGUUCUUGAUGCUGUGAAGAAGGUCGAACUGAAGAACAUUGUGUCCAGCGACAUUUUAUCUAUUUCAAUGUACGGAUGAUCAAACUGAAAAGCAUAGUAGUGUCCGGUGACAUUUUAAGUGUUUCAAUCUAAGGAAGGGAAAUAAGUGUUGUUAUCACUCUAUGCUUUGAAAGCUUCCACCCCAAUGACCUAAACUGCACUUGUAUCCCAAAGAUGAGUCAGUAGGCAAAUAAUACACAUCAGAAGUCAAACACUGCUAUUUGUUAAUGUUUUGGAACAUCACUAAUUUUACAGCACUAAUUGUUACUCGAGUGGCACACUGCACUGUGUUUAUUAUAGUAAAAUUGUUCAUGAAUCACAUUUCUUUUUGUCUACUUUGAUGCUCUGUUACUAGCAUUAAUACUUUUAUAUUCUGUCAGCACAUUUGUGACUUUUCAAUGAGUGUAAAUAGUGAACACCCCUGUUGAAUUUUUAAGCACGCUGUCAUAAUAAAGAUUU